UAUGCUCCUGCUCUUUAUAUGUCUUUUAUUUUGACAUCUGGGAAAUGAACUUUCACUUUUAUCCUUGCCUUUUCCAAACAGAUGACCGUGUAAAUGACAGAGUGCUAACAAGUUUGGGUGUGAUGCUUGCUUUCUAUGUAAAAAUCCUAAAGAAUUUCAAUGACAAAGUAAUAUAAAAAUGCAGCCUGUAUAAUACCUAUGACUUGUGUAACUUGUCUUAAUGAAAUUAACUUAAAAUUUGCAUUUAAUCCAGAGGUUUUUCCCAUCUGUUAUUGGUGGUACUCUGUUUAUAUUUCCUUUCCUGUCUGAGUCCUGCUGCACAUGCUCUGCUAAUGAACAACUAUAUCUGGCCAUUGAACUUUAUCCCACUUGGUGACUGUUCAGUCAUGUGACAUGGAAAAAGCCAUACCAGACCUGCUACUCAAAACAUAACAUGAAGGGAUGUUGGAAGGCCAAAUAUGUCUGUUUAACAUUUCAGAAGGACCUCACAAUUAGAAAUCCACGACUUAGAUGUUUUACCUUUACCCUGUGCUUAUUUAUUUUUAUCAAAACGGAAAUCUAAACUGCCCCCUAUCCCACUACUCCCACCUGGCUCCUUAAAAAAGCACUUGGGAAGUACCAAGCUAGUUUGUGUCUGUUAUCUAUCCCAAUGAAACAAAAUCCUGAGAUAAAAUUAAGAGAAAAAGUAUUAUUUUGUUUACUAAUAAGCAAUUAAACGUUCAAAUUAAGCAGUCAAACCACCAUUUUUUUUUUGCUUAGAUAGAAAAUAUGAAAUGUCAAGACGCAGAAGCUUAAAAACAAGUGCUGAAAAUAUCCUUUAUAUUCACUACCUUUACAAUUAUUAGCAGCACAGGGUAAAAAAAAUUCUAAAAAAAGAAACAGUAGCAAUCUCUCACACUGAAAAAACAAAAAAAAUAAAUAACAUUUAUGCUGAGUACCUUUAUGACGUGAGGCAAAACAAAUCAAUUAAUAAAUCGUUUUUAACAAGCUCGACCAACACAACCAUUCUGGUAACACUAAUACCUAUUCCCAAUAAAGAAAUUAACGUUUUUUUUAAGGCUCAUUUCUAGUUUUUUAAGUUAAUAAGUGUUUCUAAAUUUUCUUCAGUAAUCCAUGAAUUCCUGUUUCCCCCGGAUAUAAAUAUCCCAUGACAGAGAGGCCUAUUGCCUUGGCCGCUGUUCAAAAUGGGAACUUGCCAUUUAAGGAACCCAGAAAACUUACCUCCAUCUACAGUCAGAGCAAUGAUUAAGAAAUUUAAAACCACUGGGACUGUUGUAGAGAGGAAAAUAAAAGUGUAAAUGUCCCCAAAGCUCCCUGGUUGCAUCAUUGCAGCAAGGAACGGAAUUUAGGGCUUACCAAGUCUCCAUGACAACCAUUUAUUUUCAAAUUUGAGUCUUUGCUGAAGCAGCUUCUAGGGCAAAUUGAAAGGUCACAUUAUGCAUUGUUUCAGCAUAGAAACGUAACAUAGCGUCAAUUAAAGUUCUUGAUCAUCUUUGAUGUAGGUUUGUCUUAUUUUGUAGAAUUUCGUAACAGAAUUAUAACAAUUUUUUCUGUAUGGUUUACUGAAAAGCUGACAUAUUGGCUUGCAGGGGCAAUAAGGUAAGGUCCCUCUCUCCAGCAACAAGACUGAGCUUAUUCUGGGGGAUCCCAUGGCGUUCCCAGGCCAAACGAGAUAUAAAGUCCAUCCAGUGAGUUCUAGCUCUUCCCCAGGGUCUCCUCCCACUGGCUCCGCCAAAUGGAGGUGCACAGGAGGCAUCCUGAUCAAAAGCCUGAACCAGCUCAACUGACUCCUUUCGAUGCAGAUAAACAGCGGCUCUACUGUGAUGAUCCACAUCUCGUGACUAUAGGUGAGGGUUGGAACGUGGGCAGACCCCAAAUCGAGAGUUUUGCAAGACAGGUCAUGCAUUACUGCGGACAAAGCCCCAAUCAACCUAUCUGUCCAUCUCCUGACCAAGACACCCAGAAACUUAAACUCAUCCAGCGGGACAUGAGAAGAGUUCUACUGUAGCUGUCAAUUGUAGAUGACCUGGACAUGUCCUUUGUCAGAUGUUCCCUGAUCCCAACGUUCCUCUGUGCAGGUGUGAUUUAGGAAAAUGGCUGAAGCCCAUCAGGCAGUGGGCUUCCAGUUCACUGUGCGCCCAGAUGGUGUGGACCUGAAGCUGAGUCAGGAGGUCAUCAAAAACAUCUACCUGUCAGGAGUGACUGCCUGGAAAAAGAAAGCAAUUCAGUUCAAGAAUGGCGUACUCACUGGGGUUUACCCUGCCAGUCCAUCCAGUUGGCUGAUAGUUGUGAUUGCCAUGAUGAGUUCCUUGUACACUCACAUCGACCCCUCUCUAGGAAUGAUAGACGCCAUCAAGGAAAACCUUCCUUACAAACGCUGCAUUUCGCUGCAGACCAGAGCAGUGCUGAGCGCAAUCCUGUUUGCCACAGGACUCUGGCUCUUCUUCAUCUACCUCUUGAGGUACACUCUGAAAGCUCUGCUUUCCUACCACGGAUGGAUUUUUGAAUCCCAUGGAAAAAUGAGUGCAUCUACCAAACUAUGGCUGAGCCUGGUUAAGAUGCUUUCUGGACGACGGCCCCUGCUUUACAGCUUCCAGACUGCCUUGCCCCGACUCCCUGUCCCCCGAGUGGAUGAUACCAUUCAAAGGUAUCUUGAGUCAGUGCGCCCUCUGCUGGACAGUGAGCAGUACAACCAAAUGGAGAUGUUGGCCAGUGACUUUAAAGAAACUGAAGCAGCGCAGCUCCAGAGAUACCUCAUCCUAAAAUCUUGGUGGGCAACAAAUUAUGUAAGUGACUGGUGGGAGGAAUACAUCUACCUGAGGAGCAGAAGUCCUAUAAUGGUCAACAGCAACUUUUAUAUCAUGGACUUUUUAUACGUGACCCCAACACACCGGCAGGCCGCUCGGGCAGGAAACGUGGUUCAUGCCAUGCUGCAGUACAGGCGCAAGCUGGAGCGUGCUGAACAUGCACCGCUGAGAGCUCUAGGGACCGUUCCAAUGUGUUCCACUCAGAUGGAGAGAAUGUUCAACACCACUCGCAUCCCUGGUAUAGAAACAGAUAUUGUGCAGCACCUGACGGACCGAAAGCAUCUCAUCGUCUACCACAAGGGCCGCUUCUUCAAAGUGUGGCUGUACACCGGGGGGCGCCACCUCUUGCCCAGUGAGCUGGAGAACCAGUUUCAAAGGAUUCUCAACGAUACAUCAGAACCGCAGCCAGGAGAGCAGAGACUAGCAGCGCUCACUGCAGGAGACAGAGUUCCUUGGGCACGCGCUCGGAUUAAGUACUUUAGCCAUGGACUGAACAAAGUGUCCCUGGAUGCCAUUGAGUCUGCUGCAUUCUUCCUGACGCUUGACGAAGAGCCACAGGGUUAUGACCCGGCAAAGCCUGACUCGCUUGAUGUUUACGCCAAGUCCCUGCUGCAUGGCAAAUGCUACGACAGGUGGUUUGACAAGUCUUUCACCCUAAUCUCAUAUCCAAACGGGAAGAUGGGUAUCAAUAUUGAGCACUCUUGGGCUGAUGCACCCAUCGUUGGACACAUGUGGGAGUAUGUUCUUGCAACAGACUGCUUUCAUCUUGGCUACACAGAGGAGGGACAUUGUAAAGGGGACGUGAAUAGGGGCCUUCCUAGCCCCACUCGACUACAGUGGCAGAUUUCAGCAGAGUGCCAAGACGUCAUUGAAAUGUCAUACCUGUCAGCCAGGCGGCUGGCUGAUGACGUGGACUUCCACGGCUAUCUGUUCUCCGAGUUCGGCAAAGGCCUGAUCAAGAAGUGCAGGACGAGCCCCGACGCCUUCAUUCAGCUGGCUCUGCAACUAGCACAGUUCAGGGACCAGGGAGUGUUCUGCCUGACGUACGAGUCGUCCAUGACCCGCAUGUUCAGGGACGGGCGGACGGAGACGGUGCGCUCCUGCACCUCGGAGGCUGUCGCUUUUGUCCGGGCCAUGGAGGAUCCGGGCGCAACUAAAGCCCAAAGACUCGCACUGUUUCUGAGGGCAGCCGAAAAGCAUCAGAACAUGUAUCGCCUAGCCAUGACUGGAUCUGGCAUCGAUCGGCACCUCUUCUGCCUUUACAUAGUGUCCAAAUACCUCGGUGUUGAAUCACCAUUUCUUAAGAAGGUGCUUUCAGAGCCGUGGAAGCUGUCGACCAGCCAGACUCCUCAGCAGCAGCUUAAUUUAGUUGAUAUCAACAAGUUUCCUAAAUACGUGGGAGCCGGAGGUGGAUUUGGCCCAGUGGCCGAUGAUGGCUACGGUGUGUCUUACAUCAUUGUUGGGGAAAAUCUCAUCACAUUCCACAUCUCCAGCAAGUUCUCCAGUCCUGACACGGACUCCGGUCGGUUCGGCCAGCACAUUCGGAAAGCCAUGAUUGACAUCCAGGCCCUGUUCAAGCCGGAAAAUGAAAAGAGGGCGGUGGAGAAUGGAAAGUAUGCACAUUUGGAAAAUGCGAAAAAGCACAUGUAGGACUGUGUUGGGGAGGAGUCUUCUUGGUGCGCUUCCAUCCAAACCAAGUUCAGCUGACAGAAUGGGAAUUUUAUGUCUGCUUUUCUGGCGAGCCGCACCACAGGAUGUGGGCAUUCCACUCAGACAAAGAGAACGGUUAUCACUCCUCUAAUUUAUUUCUGUUUCUAUCAGACAUGCUUGAGUUGCUGUAAAAACAAAUACUGAGUAGUGUGUUAAUGCUGCUUAUGAAACCUUCUUUUCUGGAUAAACCUGCACUGUGUAAAAUACUUUGUGAAAUGAAACUUUUGGAGAAUUUGCUGUUAAUAUUAACAAUAAUAGUAUUUUAUGUUUAAUAAAAAAAAAUACCCCAG